AUGACCUACCACGAAGACGGCACAUCGCGCAAGCAAUCCACCAAGCGAGAGAGCAAUGAGAGUAGCGUCGACUGCCAGGUGGAUGGCAACAUGGAGCAUACCGAUGGCGAGCCGGACUUCAUGGAUAUAGACAUGCCGCUUGGAGACUACUACUGGGGAUACGAGGUCCGGAAAGCCCUAGAGAUGGUUGAGUCACCAGAGCAGACGUCGCGGCACCUAAGUCGAUUCAAACUGCUGCUGGACGAAGGAGACCUGACAAGGCAGAUACGAGACACGUUAACGCCAAAGAUCGAUCAGCUCCAGAAUGAAAAGAUCAUAGGGAACAAACGGGAGACCGACAUCAUUGCCGACUACUUGGAGAGGGUGUUUCAGCACACGAAGGAGCAGAUGGAGAACCGACACGAGUACAAAGAAGGCGAGCCAGUUGAGUUUGCUUUGUGCAUUCCAGCAAUUUGGACCAGAAAGGCCUGUCGCACGAUGCAGCAGGCCAUGACCGCUGCGCUGCACCGCGUCCGUUUCAUCACCGACAAGUUCCACGACGCUGGGGAGUCCUUUGUACUACUUGACGCUGGUGGUGGAACAGUCGAUGCAAUCACAUACAAGGUUGCAAGCAAUUUGCCUCUGAGGCUCGAAAGAGAAGCAGUAGCGCCAAGUGGUGCCCUUUGUGGAUCCAGCUACCUGAAUGAGGACUUCAGGAAGUUCAUAGAGCGCCGCCUCGGUGAAGAAACUUACCUGCAGAACCUCGAUGCUAAAAUCGACAUGAUUAUGGAACAAUUUGAGAAUGACAUCAAACGCAAUUUCAAUCCUGCCCGCAAUACAUACGCAGUGCGUGUUCUGAUUGACAACCUCAGGGAAAACAAAGAAAAGGGAUUUAAGGCCAACAAAAUGCAUAUUACCAAGAAAGACAUGACCGAAGUGUUCGACGGGUGCCUGAAAAGAACCGCGCAACUGAUGUUGGAUCAAAUUCUUCAAGCCGAAGCAAACAAUAUCUUUGUCAAGAAAGUAGUGCUUAUAGGAGGGUUUGCCGCGUCCCAUGCGCUCUCCCAACAUCUAAACAAUGAGCUCGGGGAGUAUUCAAAGAGGGCGGGCCGGGCUAUACAGCUUCGCGUGCCGAAGUUCCCUGGUACAGCUGUCGCGUCUGGUGCGGUACUCUGUGCCCUAAAGAAGGAAGAUGCCCCUGCCCGCACUAUAUUUUCCAGUUAUGGUCUGAAGAUCACCGAGCCGUUCGAUAACGCCAACCCGGCCCAUGUGGAACAAAUCAAGUCGCGUCAGCCUGACCCGAAUGAUCGACAACCAUGCAUCAGAGACACCAUCCUCUGGUUUGUGAACAAGGGUGAUGUUCUCAGCUCCAAAUGGGAAUACACGCUUCCUGUGAAUCUUACCUUCACAGAAAAGCAAAACUUCACGUUCACACAGGUCCUCUAUGUUUCAGAUCGCAACCAUAGGAGUAGCUACAGAGAGGACCAUGAAGAAAACGAAGGAAAGGAAGAGGCGGGGCGAAUCGACGUGGACAUGACUUACCUGAAAGACAAAGGCUUGGUCCAGUGCACCAAGGUUCGUGGAAGGAGACCUUACUAUUUAAUUGAAUUCGAUCUAGUCAUAAUUGUUGAUGGUCGCAACCUGACAUUCGAAGCGCGCCAUCCGUAUGGAUCGGAGGGCGACCACGAAAGAGGUCAGAUUUCCAUCGCAGCAGCAUUUCUGGAAAACCCAGAUGCUGCUUCAGCUCCAUAA